CCAGUCAGCGCUGAGUAGGAAAUGUCAUUUGAGCAGAGAGGCGAGGAGCACUAGCCGGCUCCGGUGAUCCCGGCCUUCCCUGGACCAACCCUAAAGAGUGUGAUGAGGACAGCGAGACCGGCCGGGCAGCGGGAGUGUGCAGCUGCAGGCGAUCGGGACAACGCGGGGACUGCUGGGGCCAUCUAACGGACGAGCCGCGUGCCCGCGCAUUUUAAACCUCCCUCCUCAUCCCCUGCUCCGCCAACCGUCACCGAACAUCCCCCCCUCCCUCCCCACCUCCAGUACACACCCCCCACCCGAGAGGAGGAGGAGCGGCGCCCAGCGGGGGGGAAUCCAACAUGGCGGAGCACGCAACCCUGGAUCAUAAGCACAAAGCGACAACCGUCAACUCCGGGGCCUCCUCCCCCGCCCUGAGCUCCGGGAGAUCGGCAUCCUCGGCCAACAACAGCGUGGUUGUCCAUUCCCCCGUGGGGGCGCUAUCGGGGGGCUUGUCGCAGCCCGCAGGCUGGCAGUCCCUUCUCUCCUUCACCAUCCUCUUCCUGGCCUGGCUGGCCGGCUUCAGCUCCAGGCUCUUCGCAGUCAUCCGCUUCGAGAGCAUCAUUCAUGAGUUCGACCCCUGGUUCAACUACAGAUCAACACAUCAUUUAGCAUCUCACGGGUUUUAUGAAUUUUUAAAUUGGUUUGACGAGCGAGCAUGGUAUCCAUUGGGAAGAAUAGUAGGUGGGACGGUGUACCCGGGAUUGAUGGUGACAGCUGGCCUUAUUCAUUGGAUUUUAAAUAUGAUAAACAUCACCGUCCACAUCCGAGAUGUAUGUGUGUUUCUCGCACCAGUUUUCAGCGGCCUUACAUCAAUUUCCACCUUCCUGCUCACCCGAGAACUGUGGAACCAGGGAGCAGGGCUUCUAGCCGCCUGUUUCAUUGCUAUAGUGCCAGGCUACAUAUCCCGAUCAGUAGCUGGAUCUUUUGACAAUGAAGGCAUUGCUAUUUUUGCACUGCAGUUUACAUAUUAUUUGUGGGUGAAAUCCGUAAAAACGGGCUCUGUCUUUUGGACGAUAUGCUGCUGUUUGUCUUAUUUUUACAUGGUGUCUGCCUGGGGUGGCUAUGUGUUUAUUAUCAAUCUUAUUCCACUUCAUGUGUUUGUGUUGCUUUUGAUGCAGCGUUACAGCAAGAGAGUCUACAUAGCAUACAGCACUUUCUUCAUUGUGGGUUUAAUUUUAUCCAUGCAAAUUCCUUUUGUUGGAUUCCAGCCCAUUCGGACUAGUGAGCACAUGGCAGCAGCAGGAGUAUUUGCUCUGCUGCAGGCAUAUGCUUUCCUCCAGUACCUAAGAGACAAGCUGACAAAGCAAGAGUUCCAGACGCUCUUCUUCCUGGGAGUGUCGCUAGCUGCUGGAAUUGUGUUCUUAACUGUGAUCUACUUGACCUACACAGGGUACAUUGCUCCUUGGAGUGGAAGGUUUUAUUCCCUUUGGGACACAGGGUACGCAAAAAUUCACAUCCCUAUUAUUGCUUCAGUAUCUGAACACCAGCCGACAACAUGGGUUUCUUUUUUCUUUGACCUUCACAUAUUAGUCUGUACUUUUCCAGCAGGGCUGUGGUUCUGCAUAAAAAAUAUCAACGAUGAGCGAGUAUUUGUUGCCCUUUAUGCAAUCAGUGCUGUUUAUUUUGCUGGAGUGAUGGUUCGUUUGAUGUUGACAUUGACUCCUGUAGUCUGCAUGCUGUCUGCUAUUGCUUUCUCCAAUGUCUUUGAGCAUUAUCUGGGUGAUGACCUGAAAAGGGAGAACCCACCAAUAGAGGACAGCAGUGAUGAGGAUGGAAAGAGUUCUGGCAAUCUAUAUGACAAGGCUGGUAAAGUGAAGAAGCCCGUGUCCGAGCAGGAGAAGACUGAGGAAGGUCUGGGGCCCAAUAUUAAGAGUAUAGUCACCAUGCUCAUGCUGAUGCUCUUGAUGAUGUUUGCUGUACACUGUACAUGGGUAACUAGCAAUGCCUACUCCAGCCCCAGUGUCGUACUCGCAUCAUACAAUCACGACGGAACAAGAAACAUCUUGGAUGACUUCAGAGAAGCUUACUACUGGCUAAGACAGAACACAGAUGAGCAUGCCCGAGUCAUGUCAUGGUGGGAUUAUGGCUACCAAAUAGCAGGAAUGGCUAAUCGGACGACGUUGGUAGAUAACAAUACGUGGAAUAACAGUCACAUAGCACUGGUCGGAAAAGCAAUGUCUUCAAAUGAAUCCGCCGCCUAUGAAAUCAUGAGAAGCUUGGAUGUAGAUUAUGUAUUGAUUAUUUUUGGAGGUGUAAUUGGCUACUCAGGCGAUGACAUCAAUAAGUUUCUCUGGAUGGUUAGGAUAGCAGAAGGAGAACAUCCAAAAGAUAUCAGGGAAAGUGAUUAUUUCACACCCCAAGGAGAAUUUCGAGUUGACAAGGCUGGAUCUCCAACUCUGCUGAAUUGUCUCAUGUAUAAAAUGUCGUAUUAUCGAUUUGGUGAAAUGCAAUUAGAUUUUCGAACCCCGCCAGGAUUUGAUCGUACUCGUAAUGCUGAGAUUGGAAAUAAAGAUAUCAAGUUCAAACAUCUGGAAGAGGCUUUUACAUCAGAACACUGGCUUGUCAGAAUAUACAAAGUUAAACCAUUAGAAAACAGAGAGGCACUGGACCAUAAACCAAGAAUGACAAACAUCGUACCCAAACAGAAGUAUUUAUCUAAGAAGACAUCAAAGAGGAAGCGUGGCUACAUUAAGAACAAGCUGACACUGAAGAAAGGCAAGAAAUCCAGCAAGAAGACUGUUUAAACCAACCCAUCUCAUAGGACAAUGUCCUUGAGAUAACCAGUCUUUGCCUUUAGAUGAACUCAUGUUUAUCAGUGACAUGAGAGUACAGAACCAUCUUUGGUCCAGAAUAUUGUACAAAAUUUUCAGGCAAUGUCUGAUUACAAAAUAUAUAUUUAUUGGCUUAUUAAGAACAGCUGUUUUAGAUUUGUAAUGUGAAGCCAGACAGACAGUGCUGUUGACCACGAAUAACAGCAGGUUUUUUUUUCUUUCUCCCCCAUGUUGUUGUUUUUGGUAAAUGAUUUUCAAAUCCUUUUGACAAUUUGGACUGAUCGCACCAAAGAGCCCUCUAAUUUGGUUAUUGGCACAUGCAUACUUGUCAAUUUUUUUUUUUUUUUUUAUUAAAAAUAAAAUGAAACGUGAAACCUUGAGCUGCAUUUUUCUUUACAACACUCAGAGGAGUCUGCAUAGAUGUAAUUUGUGGCAUCUGUGAGUGGCCCACUUUUUUGCCUGUGACUUGUAUUAUAAGAUAAAAAGCAUGAGUUCUUGAAUAAAGUCAUAUUUUGUUCCCUAAAGCUGUUUUUUCCUCCUCUUGAAAACAAUGAACGACGCACAAGGAAUGUCAAUUUUUUUUUUUUUUUUUUUUUUUUUAAUAUAUAUCUAGUCAGGGAUGUGGGUGUAUGCUAUAACUGCUGCUCUAUUUUAUAUGUGGACAAGUAAAUCACAGUGAAUGAAAACUGUCUAGGCGAAGAUGUACAGCUAGGGCAUAACCUGUUAAAUGAUUUCACAUGCCAGUUGUAUCCAUUUUGUGCAGCCUGUCAUCUGCCUAGAAGUUGGUAAUAUCCUUGAGGCAAACGUUACGAAGUGCCUCACCAAUGUUCCUAAUGAAUUUGGUAUGAUCUAUAUAUAUAUAUAUAUAUAUAUAUAUAUAUUUUUUUUUUUGGUUGCUUUAUACUACAAAGUAGCUGCUGCUUUUCAUGGCUGGACUUUAACUAUUCUGCCCUAAGCCACUUGGCUCUCCCCUGUGACAGAUACUUAUGGCCACAGAUAUUUACGUCAUUUAAUUAUAAAGGUUCUACAUGCGAUCAAUACCAAUGGCCUAUUUUUUUUUUUUUUUUUUUUAUCCUAGCAACUUGAGGGAUUUGGUUGUAUAAUUUAAUAAGGGAUACCUGUUAUCUACUUAAAAUUUAACCUCCUAAGCCAAGUCUGUGGCCAUAAUUCAAGUGAACUCCUCCUGUGUUGAUGGCAAGUCCAUCUAAAUUCUACAAAGAAUUAACCAGGCAUAACUUCAUGUCUCAGCUAUGCUCUGAUAGUGUUAUAUCAUACUAUUUUAUACAUCUAGAUGUAUACAUAGGGCGGGAGGAAUGAAAAGAGAAUGCUGAUUAUGUUGAAUGUUCAUAUCCAAAAUCCUGUUAGAGCAAACCGCUUAUAAUGUUUGAAUGUUUACACAUUUAAAAAGUUGACAAGUAUACAGACGUCCACUUUUUCUAAGUCUGAGAUUAUAUUGAGGGUAAAUGAGCUAGAAUGGAAUUUUUGAAUUCAUCUUAAUUUUUUGGGGUUAUUUUUCUUUAUACUUUUUUCUCUAGUGCAUUUUUUUCCUCAUUUUUUGUUUGUUUUUUGUUUUCCUUUUUAAGACUAAAAUUGACAACUUUGUCAAUGUAAUGCACUAAAAUGUACAUUGGGUUGAACAUUUUGGGUGAUCCUUCUGUGGCUUUAGACAUUAUGCAGACUUGAACUUUUCAUAGCUUGAUGGGUAUUUUUUUAUUUUUAUUUCUGAGUUAAUGUUUUAUGUUAAUUUUGAAUAUAUUUCAAGCAGAGUUGUACUACCACAAAUACUGGACUAUCCUGUGUUUAGGAUGUAUGUUUUAUAGUGAGAUGGAAACGUAAAGAGGUUAGACACAGCAAUUUCUCAGAAAAAAAUACAAUCAUUUCUUUUCUAUUUUUUUUAAUAUAUAUUUUGUUUUUCAAGCUUGUGAUAUUUUUACAUACCAUAAAAGCUGCAUUGCUGUGAAGCAUUUGUAUGCAGCUCUAAUGCCAUUACAACAUGCUGGCAAUCUGUAUAUUGGAUUGAAAUCUUUGAAAAUAGAAAACAAUAAAAUUUAAUUAAGGUUUUAUGUUAAGUGUCAUGUUUUGUUUCUAAUCAAAUUAUUUGAACGGCCAACAUUUAAAAUUGUGUCUGUCAAGUUUGACAGCUAUUGAUGGGUGAUUAGACUAAAUAGCGUUCCAGGGUAGUUUUUUCUUGUUUAAUCUAUACCCAAAAAAAAAAGUACACACUUUAUUUUAAAGAUGUUUAUUGAAGAAAUGGCAUGUGAAGAUACAGUCAAACUGGAAUAAUUUACUUUCAAAUAAAAAAGAAAUAAUCCUGUGUUUAUCAUUA